AUGGACACCUCCUCUGCCGCCCGCGCGCUGCUUCUCCUCAGCGUCCUCGGGUUCCAUGUGGUCGCGCCUUCGGUUCCGGGUGGCGGAGGCUCGGGCGGGAACCCGGUGGGGAAGCGUCAACGCAGCUGCCCGGCCGCCUGUCACUGUGAGCAAGAUGGGAUGCUCCUGAGGGUGGACUGCUCGGACCUGGGCCUCGCCGGCGUGCCCGCCAACCUCAGCGUCUUCACCUCCUACCUUGAUCUCAGUAUGAACAACAUCUCUAAGCUGCCCUCAGAUUCCCUGCACAAUCUCCGCUUCCUGGAAGAGCUACGUCUAGCAGGAAAUGGCUUGACACACAUCCCCAAAGGAGCAUUUGCUGGGCUUUUCAGUCUUAAAGUAUUAAUGCUUCAGAACAAUCUUCUAAGACAAAUUCCCAAUGAAGCACUCCAAAACUUGCGAUCGCUCCAGUCUCUACGUCUGGAUGCUAACCAUAUCAGCUUCGUGCCUCCCAACUGUUUCAGCGGCUUGGUUUCACUCAGACACCUGUGGCUAGAUGACAACGCUUUGACAGAAAUCCCAGUGCAAGCUUUCCGGAGUUUGCCAGCACUUCAGGCAAUGACACUGGCGCUGAACAAAAUACACCACAUUCCAGAUUAUGCUUUUGGAAACCUCUCCAGUUUAGUAGUUCUGCAUCUCCAUAACAAUAGAAUCUACUCCCUGGGAAAGAAAUGCUUUGAUGGUCUCCACAGCCUAGAGACUUUAGAUCUAAAUUACAAUAAUCUGGAUGAAUUCCCUACCUCUGUCAGAGCACUCAGAAACCUGAAAGAACUGGGAUUUCAUAGUAAUAAUAUCAGGUCAAUACCUGAAAAAGCUUUUGUGGGGAAUCCAUCACUUAUAGCAAUCCAUUUUUAUGACAACCCUAUUCUGAUUGUGGGACAGUCUGCUUUUCAGCACUUACCUGAACUCCGAACCUUGACAUUAAAUGGUGCUUCACAGAUAACAGAAUUUCCUGACCUGACCGGGACAACAAGUCUGGAAAGCCUGACCCUUACAGGAGCUCAGAUCACAUCUCUUCCUGAAACAGUCUGUGAUCAACUCCCCAACCUCCAAGUACUAGACCUCUCAUAUAAUCAGCUGGAAGUCCUGCCUCAUUUCACCGCUUGUGAAAAACUUCAGAAAAUUGUCUUACACCACAAUGAAAUAUAUGAAAUCGAUGCGGGCACUUUUCAGCAGUUGGUUGCCCUGCGUUCACUGGAUUUAGCUUGGAACAAAAUAUCAGUCGUUCAUGCCAAUGCAUUCUCCUCUUUACUGUCCUUGAUUAAACUGGAUCUGUCAUCCAACCUUUUGUCCUCUUUUCCUGUAACUGGCCUAUAUGGUUUAACUCAUCUAAAAUUAACAGGAAAUCGUGCACUACAAAGUUUGAUAUCAUCUGAAAACUUUCCAGAACUCAAGGUAAUAGAAAUGCCUUAUGCUUACCAGUGCUGUGCAUUUGGUGCUUGUGACAGCUACUACAAAAUCCAAAACCAGUGGAACAAAGAUGACAACAGCAGUAUGGAUGACUUUCAGAGGAAAGAAGUUGGCAUUUUCCAUGCACAUGAUGACCAUGACUUUGAAGAUUUUCUUCUUGACUUUGAUGAAGAUUUGAAAGCUCAUCAUUCAGUGCAGUGUUCUCCCUCUCCAGGACCCUUCAAGCCUUGUGACUACCUCUUUGGCAGCUGGCUAAUCAGAAUUGGAGUUUGGACCAUAGUGGUUUUGGCCUUUUUUUGCAAUGCAUUGGUGGUUGCAACGAUCUUCAGAUUCCCGCUCUUCAUCUCCUCCAUAAAGCUGUUAAUUGGCCUAAUAGCCAUUGUAAACACUCUCAUGGGUGUGUCUAGCAGUGUGCUUGCCAGCGUGGAUGCGCUAACCUUUGGCGUCUUUGCUCAGUACGGUGCGUGGUGGGAAGGUGGACUUGGUUGCCACAUGACUGGCCUCCUCUUCAUCUUUGCUUCAGAGGCUUCCAUUUUCUUGCUCACAUUAGCAGCUCUUGAGCGUGGGUUCUCUGUGAAACAAGCCGCAAAGUUUGAGACAAAAACUACCCUUGCUAGUGUAAGAAUAGCUAUUUUCUUUUGCUUUGUGUUGGCUUUAAUCAUUGCAGUGAUCCCGGUACUGGGUGGGAGCGAGUAUGGUGUUUCUCCCCUGUGCAUACCAUUACCAUUUGGGAAGCCAACUGCUGUGGGUUAUAUGGUAGCGCUAGUCUUGUUGAACUCCCUUUGUUUUCUUGUAAUGACCAUAGCCUAUACAAAACUCUACUGUAGUCUGGAUAAGGGAGAAUUAGACAGUAUUUUGGACUGUUCCAUGGUCAAGCAUAUAGCUUUACUACUUUUUACUAACUGCAUUCUCUAUUGUCCUGUGGCUAUUUUAUCAUUUUCUUCCCUACUAAACCUUACUUUUAUCAGCCCAGAAGUAAUUAAACCAAUACUUCUAGUUAUUGUCCCCCUACCUGCAUGUCUAAACCCACUUCUCUACAUACUUUUUAAUCCCCAUUUCAAGGAAGACCUAGGAAGUCUUCGAAAGCAAACAGUUGCAUGGAAAGCAACAAAGCAUGCCAGUCUGGUCUCUGUUAAUUCAGAGGAUGCAGAAAAGCAGUCAUGUGAUUCAACACAGGCUCUAGUAACCUUUGCAAGCACCAGAAUAUCGUAUGAUAUUGCCCCCAACAAUUCAUUAGUGUCAUCAUCCUAUCGAACGAGUGAAAGCUGUAACCUUACAUCAGUAACAUUUGUUCCAUGCCAUUAG